AUGGUUGUGAUUUUUCAUAUGAGAAAAUAUUUCUUUUUGAAAUGUUUCUCUACAAUUUUCAUCGUCUUAUCGCUCAUAUUAAUUUACCAUAUCCUUAAGUAUUUACAUUACGUAGCACAACGAACGAAUUGCAAAACCGAAGAAAAAAUCGACGCAGUUUACACGUGGGUGAACGGAUCAGAUCCGGUAUUUCUGAGAAAAUUAAACGAAUACAUGCGAAGCACAAACACCAGUUGCGAUUCCUCCAAACAGAGAUUCGACGACAAAUACGAGUUGAAAUUCUCAUUGAGAUCUUUGGAGAAAUUCGCGCCCUGGAUUAAUCAUGUAUAUAUCGUAACGAACGGGCAAAUACCCUACUGGUUAAAUUUAGAUUACGAUAAAGUUAGUAUAAUAACACACGAAGAAAUAUUCAAAGAUGUAGCUAAUUUACCGACGUUUUCCAGUCCGGCCAUCGAAAGUAACCUCCACAGAACUACCGUAGGAUUAUCGCAGAAGUUCAUCUACUUCAACGACGACGUUUUCUUGGCCUCGUCGGUGUACCCGGAGGAUUUCUACACGCCAGGCAGGGGUUUUCUCGUCUACUUGGCCUGGCCGUUGUCGAAUUGCGCCCCGAAUUGCCUGUGGCUGUACGUCAACGACGGCCAAUGCGACAGGGACUGCUACACGCCCGAAUGCCAAAUGGACGGGGGAGAUUGUACAGAAGAAACCCCCGAAGAACAGAAGCUACUAUUCGAUACAACGGACAAAUUCAUCGAUGAGAACAAAACUAGAAGUAUAGCGUUCGAUGAAACUGUAGAAAAAGUUCAAACGAACCUCUAUCGAUCGUUUCUCGGCAAGCUAAAUAAUUCGAACGCUUUCAUUAACCAACUAACUAGUAACAAUACCGAUGAUAGUGGUAUUAAAAACAUAUCCUAUAUAGUGAACAAUCACAACGAUCGCUUGAUGAGAUCGAACAAGUUGCGUAGGCAAUCGAUGAGAAAAUGGCGCUUCGAAGGGCGCCGAUCGAGCAGGGACAUCGACGCCUACAGCGCUUCGUUGCAACAUUCCAAUCGAGCGUUCAACAGCAAAUACGGUUACAGGAUUCGAAAGGUGCCUUCGCACGCGCCCAUUCUCGUCGAUAGAGCCAUUAUGGCGGAAAUGAUGGGAAAAUUCGCCGAAGAAUUCGCCGUGACGGAGGGCAACCGGGCGAGAAUGGCGAACGAUAUGCAAUUCUCCUUCGCUUACUACCAUUUCGUUAUGUCCGAAUGGAGGAACAGGACCGUAGAGGAGAUCUUCGAUGAAUUCGAUACCGAUUCGUCCGAUACCUGGUCCGAUAGAGAAAUCAGAACGUUACUCACGCAAUUGUACGACCUGCCGUUGAGUUACAGCAUCGUGGAUAAUUUCGAAAACGCCUUAUUAAAUUGUCCAAACGCCGAUUCCGAUGAUAUUCCUGUACCGUUGUACGAGAGAUACGCCGAUUCGAAACUGCCGGUGAUUUCGAAACGGCGCAUCAAAGAGUGCCGAUAUUUGAGAGACUUGCUCUUGGAGAAGUUCCAAAAGGUGUUGGUGUACAAAUUCGAGGUGUUGUACAACACGGAGCAGUUCGUGUCGUUCGCGAUGCUCAAUUCGAACAUUAGCGAUGUGGUCGGGAAUUUGGACGAGAUAAGGAGACUUCGAAGGAAAUUCGUGUGUUUGAACGACAAUUUGGACGAAUCGAAGGAGUCGGAGAACGAGCUGGUGAAGGCGGUGCUGUACGAUUUCUAUUUGUCGUUUUUCCCGAAGCCCAGCGCGUUCGAAUUGCCGCAGGAGUUGCGGAACAAGUUCCUCUACGUGGACGAAUUGAACGAGUGGAAAUACGCGAGGAGUUUGGCGAGGAUGUGCCUGUGCGGCGUGAUCGCUUCGUUGAUCUUAUUCGCGACUAUCAACGCUUUGAUGAGGGUAUGUUGUCUAAUCGUUGGGAAAAUCCGAGACGGCGCUGAGGCGGUUGGUUUACCGACGUGUAAGAGGCCUGUAGGGGCUGGAUGA